UUGUAUGGUUGUGAUCUGUUUUAGAGUUAUCUCUCGUUAUGUUUCGCAGCGUAGACCGUACUGUGUGCCAGGUAGACUUUUAAGUACUGUCAUGCCGAGUGAAGUGACAUCUCGGUUCUUAAUUCUCUACGGGUCGCAGCGCGGUCAAGCUCAAUCAAUUGCCGAGGAGAUCUUGGAGCAAGCAAAAGAACAUGGAUUUGUCGCAGAUAUCAGCUGUUUGAGCCAAGCGGACAAGUAUAACUUGGAGAAAGAAACUAACCCUGUAGUUUUUGUUGUCUCCACAACUGGGGAUGGUGAACCUCCAGACACAGCUCUAAAGUUUGUGCAGAAGAUUAAGAAUAAGUCUCUGUCACGUGAUCACUAUGCUCAUCUGCACUAUGCAUUAUUAGCCCUAGGAGACACAAAUUAUCAAAACUUUUGCAACGGUGGCAAGACUAUCGAUCGUCGUCUACAGGAACUUGGUGCAAAGCGUUUUUAUGCCACGGGGCAUGCUGAUGACGGUGUAGGACUUGAAAUAGUGGUUGAGCCGUGGAUUGAGGGACUCUGGGAAGCUAUAAGAGAAGCGUUAGCCGAGAUGGCCCAGUCAAACCAGCAGGGCUUUGCAUCUCCAGAGAGCGCGCAAAGCAGUAAUGUGGAGUCUGCUGCUCAGGAAAACGCAGAGUCGACGGGGUUGGAAGUUAAUCUCCAUCUCAUGAAACUUCGUGAAUCUGAUUCUCAAACCUCAAAACAAGUGGCAAGUUCUGCAUCUGAGAGGGCAGAGACAGAGUUAAAAGCAGUGGGUGCAACAACUGCUCCUCUGGAGGCUUCUCUCAUGCGAUCUCUGCCCCCACUCUCAGAAUCCGCUCUCAGUGUUCCGGCGUUGCCCCCUCCAUAUCUCAAUGUGUGCCUUGUGGAUGCUCCAGUAGAACAGGACAGUACCUCAUGUAUUAAAGAAGCUUUCCAAGAAGUGCCAAUUUCAAAAGCAGUUCAGCUAACUCGCGGGGAUGCAGUGAAAACAGCCAUCCUGCUGGAGCUAGACAUCUCAGACCAGCACUUUGUGUACCAGCCUGGGGACUCCUUUGAUGUGCUUUGCCCAAACAGCCCAAGUGAGGUUGAGGAACUUCUCCAGAGACUGAAGUUAACAGAGCAAAGGAAUUGCUGUGUUGAGCUUCAGCUGCAUAAAGAUACCAAAAAGAAAGCUGCACAGAUUCCCGCUUAUAUCUCAGAGAAGAGCGUGCUGCAGCACGUUCUGACCUGGUGUUUGGAGAUAAGGAGUGUUCCAAAGAAGGCUUUUAUCCGAGCUUUGGUGGAACACACCGAGAAGGGUGAUGAAAAACGCAGGUUGCAAGAGCUGUGUAGCAAACAGGGCUCUGCAGAUUACAACAGAUUUGUGAGAGACCCCAACGUCUGCAUUCUUGACCUUCUCCGAGCCUUCCCGUCCUGCUCCCCCCCGCUCAGCCUCCUCAUAGAACAUUUGCCAAAACUCCAGCCGAGGUCUUAUUCAGCUGCAAGUUCUAGCCUAUACCAGCCUGGUAAACUGCACUUUGUGUUCAAUAUCGUGGAGUUCCCGGCGUGUCCUGAGCACCCAGAGAGGAGAGGAUUGUGUACAGGCUGGCUAGCUGACCUUGUGUCCCCAAUCCUACAGCCCUAUGGGAAGACACAAGCCCCAACAGAGAGCUCUGCUCCACUGUCUCUUCCAAAGGUCAACGUGAGGCUCCGUCCCGGCAGCUCAUUCCGCCUGCCCUCUGACAACUCCCUGCCCGUAGUGAUGGUCGGACCAGGGACUGGGGUAGCACCCUUCAUCGGCUUCCUUCAACAAAGAGAGAAGGAGUUGGAAGAAAACCAGGAGGCUGCCUUUGGAGAGACCUGGCUUUUCUUCGGCUGCCGUCAUAAAGACCGAGAGUUUCUUUUCAGAGAGGAGCUGGAGAGGUUUGUUGGGAAAGGAAUUCUGACCCAUCUGAAAGUGUGCUUCUCUCGGGAUGUGUCAGAGGAGUCAGAGCCCAGCCCCAGAUAUGUCCAGCAUAACCUACUCCUCCAUUCCAAGCACAUCGCCAACAUCCUCCUCAAAGAGAAGGGCUACUUUUACGUCUGUGGUGAUGCGAAGAACAUGGCUAAAGAUGUGAAUGAUGCUCUGGUGGAAAUCAUAGGGACAGAGCUACAGAUGGAUAAACUGGAGUCUAUGAAGACCGUGGCAGAUUUGCGGGAAGAAAAGCGUUACCUGCAGGACAUAUGGGCUUGAUCUGUGUACACACACUGAUACACAUAUACAUACACACACGCACACACACACACACACACACACACACACACAAUGCACAUCAGACACAUGACGGGUUUUUUUGCUGCUCCACAUUAACAGAUGCAAUUUUUUACAUUGCUCUGAUAGUUUAGGUGGUUAUUACUGAGGCAGUAACAAUGAUCCUUAGUGACAUCCUUUUAGGUAGAAACAGUUACACAACAACCAGUAAAUUAUAUUUGGUCGUAGAUGAGAAUAUUUGUUCUCUACAUUUAAUUGGUUGCAUAACAUUUUCUUAGGGUUCGAAGACGCUAAGGAAAAAGCAAAAUUUUUCCACGUACUGUGUGUACCAGAACUUGACAGCAGGGUCUGCUUCAGCCAGCCUGCUCAGAUUCAAACUGAGCCUGCCAAGUAAACAUGAACUAAGCAAAAGAGAUCGUGACAUACUGUGUGGGAAAAUAUACUGUCAGAACUGCCAAACGGAGAAACAUCUCCUGUGUUUCUCUUUUAGUUCUCUCUCUCUUUUUUUUUUUAAUAUGGAAACACGUUAUGUAGUAACGAUUUUAUGGAGACCAAGCAUUUCUGGUCUUGGAUUUAAAUCAGGUUUUAAGGAGAUUUUUAGAACCAAUCGUGACUCUGUACUGAUUGAAUCAAAUGAAUAGAACUCACCUGUUCUACAAGAGCUACCAGAUAAUCCACUGUUAUUGCAAGUUUGGUGAUUACACAAACAAGCUCUUUAUGUGCCACAUUCUUAGAUGUGUUAUUUAAGAGGGGAAAAACUAUGGUGCUGUUUCUGAAGUUGCCCGAGUAUUUUUGUAAGGACUACUUUUGGUAUUUAAAACCUUUGCUUGUCUAUGUUGUCAUGUUACAUUCUCAAAAGAUGAGUUCUUUGGGAAAGAGACAUAAUUACUACAAACCUAUGCAGUCCUAUCGUGUGAGCCUAGAUAUGUCAAUAGAGAGGUAAUGGGGAAGCUCAGUAUAAACCAUAACCGUUCAGUUUUCUGAUGGUGUUCAUUCCUCCCCUUUCCCCUCAUACUCUUCAUUUUAACAAGUCACGCACUGUUUUCUGUCUCAUAUCUUAUUGCAUGCAGCAGGUUCACCGUCAUUUGCGUGUACUAAACACAUCAGUGGGAUCAGGAAGUCACUGAUUUUGCAUAAGGGCACUUCACAGCUAUGACUCAUAACAUUAUAGCCUUGCACGUCAAAAGGGUAAUGGAGAGUGAUUAAUUUGAAUAAAUAAGAGUCUAAUCAUUUAGCCCCAGAUGUCGCAGGCUUUCUAAGAAAAAAAAAGGAAAAAAACCAAAACAACCCUCAUAUUGUAGUCAUAUAAAUAUCCAUGGUGGGUUAUAGUCCUGUUAAUUGCAGAAUGGAGUUUAAUAGAUCUCCCAAGAUUUUAAGCAAUUAUUAUGCCCUGUGACUCAGUGGGUGUGGACAUUUCAUCCUGUAAUUUAUAAUGACGAAUAUGACGAAUUUUACUCAUCAAGUUUCACUCGACAAAUAUGAUGUAAAAUGGAGGUUUCAAAUGCCAAUUUUUAAAUUUUUGUUCUAACAAAAUAAAGUGCUUGACAUCUCUUUGUCUU